UAUUUAUUUAUUUUUCUUUCAACUGUCAGGAAAUUCCAAAAGCCAAUAAACCUUUCUCCCCAUUUUCGAAUUUCUCCGAUCACUUUUCUCUUAAGUAAACCAUAAUAAAUGUGAAGAAAAAUCGGAGGAAGAAAAUGUCGAGCAGUAACUACAGAAAUGGCGGCAGCAUAUCCAGAGGCGGCGGCGGCGGUGGUGGUGGUGGCGGAGGAGCUGCGAAGUCUGAGAAUUAUAGUUCUAAAUACUCUCCGUCGUCUUCAUUCAAGUCAAAGGUGCAACAUCAGUCAACGGCUUCUUCUUCUUCUACUCUCCGCCGCAGCAGCACUGGCUCGAGCCGAGAUGAUUCUACUGUGUCUGGGAGAGUGCGAGUUGCUGUCAGAUUACGUCCUAGAAAUUCAGAAGAGAUGGUGGCAGAUGCUGAUUUUGCUGAUUGUGUGGAAUUGCAACCGGAGCUCAAACGGUUGAAACUUCGGAAAAACAAUUGGGAUUCUGAUACUUUUGAGUUUGAUGAAGUUUUAACCGAGUUUGCAUCUCAAAAGCGUGUGUACGAGAUUGUAGCAAAGCCAGUAGUUGAGAGUGUUUUAGAUGGUUACAACGGAACUGUGAUGGCAUAUGGGCAGACUGGUACUGGAAAAACCUAUACUCUGGGACGACUCGGAGAAGAAGAUGUUGCUGAUCGUGGAAUUAUGCUGCGUGCAAUGGAGGAUAUAUUGUCAGAAGUAUCACCUGAGAAUGAUUUAGUCUCUGUCUCUUAUUUGCAGAUUUACAUGGAAACGAUACAGGACCUCCUUAAUCCAGCUAAUGAUAAUAUAUCUAUUGCAGAAGAUCCGAAAAGUGGAGAUGUUUCUCUACCUGGAGCGACUUUGGUAGAAAUUAGGGAUCAUAAAAGUUUUAUGGAACUGCUACAAUUAGGGGAAGCUCAUCGUUAUGCCGCAAACACGAAAUUAAAUACUGAAUCCUCACGUAGUCAUGCAAUUCUAAUGGUACACAUAAAGAGGUCCGUCAAAGGAAGAAAUUCUUCCUUUUCAAGUGAAAAUGGUAACACGACUCUAUUGGGUAAAACAUUGAAGCCUGCCAUUGUACGAAAAAGCAAGCUAGUUGUUGUUGAUCUUGCUGGUUCCGAACGCAUUAACAAGUCAGGGAGUGAGGGUCAUACAUUGGAGGAGGCCAAAUCUAUCAAUCUCUCUUUGAGUGCACUAGGAAAGUGCAUUAAUGCUUUGGCCGAGAACAGUGCCCAUGUUCCUGUCCGUGAUUCAAAGCUUACUAGACUGCUUCGAGAUUCUUUUGGAGGUACAGCAAGAACCUCAUUGGUUAUUACUGUUGGGCCAUCACCACGUCAUCGAGGGGAGACAUCUAGUACCAUCAUGUUUGGACAACGGGCUAUGAAAGUGGAAAAUAUGCUAAAAAUCAAAGAGGAAUUUGAUUACAGAAGUUUAUCAAGGAAGCUCGAAAUACAAUUGGACAAAUUAAUUGCAGAACAUGAAAGGCAACAAAAAGUAUUUCAGGACGAGAUUGAAAGGAUAGCUUUGGAAGCACAAGAGCGUGUUGAUGAGGUGGAACAAAACUAUGCUGAUGCAUUAGAGAAGGAGAAACUGAAAUAUCAGAAAGAUUACAUGGAAUCCGUUAGGAGGUCAAACACAGAGCCUACCAUGCUAUUGGCUUUAGGCGAAGUUGCGGAGAUUAAACAAAAGCUUCACAAUGAAAUUGCCUUGCGCAAAGCUGCAGAAGCUGAAGUUGACAAUCUCGAAAAUCAAUUGAUUCAUUGGAAAAACACUGAGAAUGCCAGAAAUGCCGAAUUCUUGAAGCUUCGUAAGAUGCUGGAAGAUGAAGAACAACAGAAAGCCAAACUCGAAGACGAAAUAGAAUUGCUACAAAGUCAGCUACUGCAAAUAAGUUUUGAAGCGGAUGAGUCACGAAGAAAUCUUGAUAGAGGUUUGACUGGAGAGAUACCUAGUCCCGUGGAUUCUCUCACCCCCGAGUCCAACCAUCAAGAGCCCAGAGAGUCCGGCAAUGGAGAGAAAACUUCGAUGGUGAAACUUUUUGAACAAGUGGGAUUGCACAAAAUCUUGUCAUUACUUGAAUCAGAAGAUGCUGAUGUACGCAUUCAUGCUGUUAAAGUAGUUGCAAACCUUGCAGCGGAAGAGUCGAACCAGGAAAGGAUUGUGGAGGCCGGUGGACUUACAUCGUUACUUACACUCCUGAGAAGUUCCACUGAUGAGACCAUACAUCGCGUUGCAGCUGGGGCUAUAGCAAAUCUUGCAAUGAAUGAAACGAACCAGGAGCUUAUAAUGUCUCAAGGAGGCAUAAGCUUGUUAUCACUGACAGCAACCAAGGCAGAGGACCCUCAGACGCUCCGUAUGGUCGCUGGAGCCAUUGCUAAUCUUUGCGGCAAUGAUAAGUUACAAGGGAAGCUAAGAGCUGAAGGCGGUAUUAGGGCUCUGCUAGGAAUGGUUAGAUGCAAACAUCCAGACGUUCUCGCUCAAGUUGCUCGUGGAAUCGCAAACUUUGCAAAAUGCGAGUCUAGAGCAUCUACUCAAGGAACUAAGAGUGGGAGGUCAGUACUAAUUGAAGAUGGUGCACUCCCCUGGAUUGUGCAGAAUGCUAAUAACGAAGCUUCUCCAAUCAGGCGUCACAUUGAACUAGCACUCUGCCAUUUAGCACAACACGAGGUGAAUGCAAAGGAAAUGAUUAAUGGUGGGGCCCUGUGGGAACUCGUUCGUAUAUCUCGAGAUUGUUCAAGGGAAGAUAUAAGAGCUCUUGGUCAACGAACACUAAAAUCAAGCCCUAGUUUCCAAGUUGAGUUAAAGAGGCUAAGAAUCGAUUGUGGCUGAAGUUGUGAAGAAUCAAAUUUUAAAGUAUAGUUAUUAACUUAGGUUGACAAAGAUUUGAAUUUAUAUAGCCUUUAAAUAGUUGGAAAAUAUGUUAAAUGUUUGUUAGUAAGUUAUGUACCAAUUUUUAACCAUUGUUUCUUCCUUAGUAACUGGUACUGGAAUUGUACAUAGAACGAUGAGUGAAUAGUUUGUCUUGUGAAUCAUUUCUACGAACACGUUUGUUUCGAAAUAUGUAAAUUGGUAUUUUUGUUGCAAUGUGGCUGUUAAUUUG